AGUCAACCACUCAUCCGAGACCUUCUAGUCCCCGAAAGCACCUGCUAGCAUCGGCGCGCGUAUCUUUUCUGUUGAAGAGUAGUACGAAGUGGCGUGACUGGAGUGAACAUAGGAAAGCUUCAAUAUUGCUUCCGACCUUGAUGAAUGCCUAAAAGAUCUUCUAACUUGCCAUUUCUGUCUUGUUCUCGCAGUGUUACUGCUCUCCCAUCAAUCCCAAUAUGCCACCGCUACUUGGGUUUUCCGAUAAUCCAUUCCAGUCCCGCGAUGAUGUCUUGCAAGCUGCCACAUCCCUCCUCAAACCUCUAACGCCUUACAAGUCACCGUGCGGCGCCAGGGUCAAGUUGUCCACUGCAACAGGAACAGGGUUUGAUGAAAUCUCAGCUCAACUCGAAGGCUUUGCAAGGCCACUCUGGGUUGUUGCGGACUUACUCGCAGCGCAACCCACCACGUCCGCGACCGCCUCCGGGGAUCUAGAUCUCUACUCAUGGAUUCGCGGACUGGACGCUGGCGUUGAUCCGCGUUCGGAUACGUUUUGGGGCCAUACAGGAGAGCAUGAUCAACGCAUGGUGGAAAUGGAGCCCAUAGCAUAUGCGCUCUUGACCGCCCCUACGGCAUUUCUAUCAGCGCUCCCGAACACACCAGGUUCGGACUCUCAAGUGGAUCAGCAAAAGAGAGACCGAAUUGUAGCCUGGUUGCGGUUAAUAAAUGAAAAGACAGUUCCCCCAUCAAACUGGCGUUGGUUUAGAAUUCUGGUGAACCUGGCACUGGUAAAAUCCUGUGGGGUUCCCUACGAUGAGGUCAAGCCAUUUAUAGACGUUGAUUUCAAAAUGCUGGACUCGUUUUAUAUCGGAGAUGGUUGGUCAUCAGAUGGUCUAUGGUCUGCGGACAAGAGGCAAGCAGAUUACUACUCGGGCAGUUUUGCAAUUCAGUACUCGCAGCUGGCGUACGUCCGUUUCGCACGGGACCUUGAUCCCGAGAGGGUCGAGCGUUAUCGAUCGGAAGCUGGAGAAUUUGCAGCGACCUUUUGGAGGUACUUCGAUGUUAAUGGCGCUGCCAUCCCAUUUGGUCGGAGUCUGACGUACCGUUUUGCAUUUGCGGCAUUUUGGUCGGCAGCGGUCGUUGCUGAAAUUCCUCUUCCAGCCCCAUUAAAUGAUAUGGGCGUCGUCAAAGGACUUUUGUUGCGCCACCUCCGUUGGUGGGCAAAGCAAUCCGAUAUCUUCAACACAGAUGGAACCCUCAAUAUCGGUUAUACUUACCCAAACAUGUUCAUGAGUGAAGAUUAUAACUCGCCACAGUCGGUCUACUGGUGUUUGAAAACAUUCUCGGUUCUUAGAUUGAGUGAGGAUCAUCCUUUUUGGCAAUGUGAAGAGCUCCCCCACCCUCUCUCAACAAAUACUCUAUCUCAUGAGCUGGGCAAUCAAAAUGAUACAAGUCUCAGCCCUUUUGGUGUCGUUAACCCCGCCGCGCAAAUCACCUGUAGUCUCCCAGAGCAUCACUUCCUCCUCUCCGCAGGACAAUCGACGCAAAAGCCGCACCGAGCCAGAGAGGCCAAAUACAGCAAACUCGCAUACUCGUCCGCAUUCGCAUUCAGUGUUCCAGUCGGCCCUCUCCUCUCCCAGAUGGCACCCGACAGCACUCUAUCAGUUAGUAAUGACGGUGGCGACACAUGGAAAGCUCGAUGGGAGCCAGAAUCUGCUCGGAUCAAGUCAGUUCAACUCACGUUAGAGGGUCAAAAAGAUAGUGGGCCGAAAACUACCACUGUACCGGUCCUCAUAAGCGCGUGGCGGCCGUGGAAAUCUACUGAUUUUAAGAUUGAAACUAUCCUUAUUCCUCCCUUGGAGAGGUGGCCGGGAUGGCAUGUCCGUGUACACGUAUUGACUUGGAAAGCCCAAUAUUCAGACUCGUUGUUCCAGUUAGUGGAUGCGGGUUUUGCAAUAUCAAGUGAAGGAGUUACAGGGGUUGUUCUGCCUACUCUUACCCCGGAGCUGAGAGACUUAUUGUCCAGUGAAGAUGAAAAGGCAACAGACGCGGCCCAAGAAGGUAUUUGGGAAGGAGAUUAUAAUUGCUUAGUUCUUUCCGACGCAGGAGCGAGUGGUAUCGCUGAUUUAUCGGCCGGAGCCCAAAAACGACCACCCAUCGAUCCUGUAUUUGGCGGUCGUGAGUGUCGAAGCGAUCUCUUGAGGCCAGAUUCAAACACAAAUUUGGUGGCACAGAGAUCUCGCAUUCCCUCGUUGCAUCACCGCUUCCAGGUCCAAGGUAAUUCUAGCGAAGCAUGGCUUAUCACAGGGAUUUUUGCUGUGUCUAGUUCUUCUGGAUUAGAUAAUGCCAGUAUCAGAGAGCUAUGGCGGGACAAACCGCGCCUGGACGUAGAGGAAUAUACCAAUAUAUUAUAGAGCUCGACCAUCCUAUCAUGCCCUAGAAGUAGUUUAAAUAGACAGCAAAGCGUGCA